ACCAUAUAACCAUAAAAGAGGAAAAUCAUAAAACUGCACCCUGUCAUUGUCUUUAGCUAUUGAAGUCACUUCCCCGGACAAGAGGAAAUUUAUUUUCUCAUAAAACUACACAGUAUUCGUUAAAUAAAUUCUCCGGAAUAUCCAGGAAGUAACAAAAAGUGAAAUGGAGUGUCCGAAUAUAGCAAAUAAUUGCCGAGCUUGUCAAGAUCUGAUACAAAAGGAGUCUCAGAUAUUCAUCUUUACCUCAAUGAAACUUCCGGACAUCUUCAUGGAAACCACGUCCCUGAACAUUGAUGAGAACGAUGAAUUACCAAAUGUACUUUGCCGAACCUGCUACGAUCGCCUUCUAGAUGCUUACAACUUCCGAAAAAUGUGUUCUGCUGCAGUCCUGCAGUUUCACAAAAUCCUAUCAAUGGAUGCUCGUGAGGAAAAAUACAUCCCACCUAAAGAUGUGACUGAAUCUCUGAUGUCUACAACAGCAGAUGCAUCUGACAUAAAUCCAACUCCAAUGGAUGCAAAUGGAUCUCCGGACAGAGAUGUUUCAUUUACUGAUAUGAUAUCAAUCGAUGAUGGCCUUCCGGGAGGAAUUAAGACUGAGCCUGGUGAUGAAGUUGUGAAGAAGAGAAGGACUUCACCUAAGAAGUCAAAAGACAAAAAGGGGUCAAAAGAAGUCAAGAACGAUCCUCCCAAAGAAGUUCCCAAUGAAGCUUCCAAAAAAGAAGAUGAAAGCAUUACCAAUCAGCUCACAGAGAGCAAGACACCUCAGAAGAGGAAGAGGAAUAACAAAGAUGUAAAAGUAUCUAUAUCUAAGUUCAAGUCUCUCGUUAAUAUCCACACAAAUGAGAAAAUCUGGCUUUGUGAUUCUUGCCCCUACAAAUCCAAUUUACGCCAAUGUAUCACGCGCCACGCGAAGUUAGUUCAUCAGGGAAUAAAGGAAUAUCAGUGUCACAUCUGCAAUAAAUCCUUUGGAGACUCGAGUAGUCUAACAUUUCACAUUAGGCUCCACACUGGAGAAAGACCUUAUGCCUGCGAUAAAUGCAAUAAGAAAUUCAUCAGAUUCACUCAACUGAAGACCCAUAUGAAUAUCCAUACAGGAGAAAGGGUCUUCCUUUGCGAAUUUUGUCCAUAUAAAAGCAUUCACAAAGUGCAACUUGAUCGACAUGUUAAGGUAGUCCAUCUGGGACUGAAGAACUUUCACUGUUCUCACUGCCAGGGAGCAUUUGGAACGAAAAUAGCAUUAAAAAUUCACAUGAGGACUCACACUGGAGAGAAGCCAUUUGCCUGCAGCGAGUGUCAGAUGAAAUUCAGCCAGAAGGUAACCCUGACCAAACAUAUGGAAACUCAUCUUAAGUAUAAGUCCAAAACAGAUACUGAAACUGGAUCCACAAAUAAGUCCUAAUCAGUAUAUUAAGAUUCCGGGUUAAUUAUGCUAUUCCGGCUAUUCGAAUGAAAAAUUAACAUGUUUUUUUUAGCACUUUACUGUUCUCAUAUGUUUCUGCAUUAUCGACUUUUCGAUUGGGGAAAACAGCCAAGACGACAACCAACAUAGGAAAAAGUCGAUAAUGCAGGACCAUUUGAGAACAGUACAGUGCUAAAAAAACAUGCUCAUUUUUCAUUGAGAUAGCAUCAUCAGACACUCACCCCACAACGAUUUACAUUUUCACUAAAUUAUUCCAAUUUUAAGUAAUGUAUUUGACGGCACCUUUAAUUCUUAAUAUUGCAUCUUAUUCCCAUUUGAAGUCACUCAAGAAUUCGCAUUUGGGUCAUGUUCUGAAUUGGGUUAUAUUACUCUAUUAUUUGAAAUGAUGAAUAAAACGUUAGAAUUGGCACCAAAAUAAAGUUAUAGAAACUUCGAGUACUC